AUGCAAAAGGUGGUCAGAAGUACAGGAUGUAAACUUCUGUACACAGACACUGAUUCGAUUAUUUUUGUGCACCCUGAGGAAGAUAAUCCACUCAAGCUUGGUCCGCACUUGGGUGACUUUACUGAUGAGUACCCUCGUCAUAGAAUACUGGAAUAUUGUUCAGCUGGUGCCAAACAAUAUGCGCUUCAACUUCAAAGAAAUAAUGAUCCAGAUGCGGGCUUAGAACAUGUAAUUAAAUUGAGAGGUAUUACUUUGAAUUGGGAUGUGACUGUGAACCAACAAUUACACUAUGAAACUUUUAAAUCAAAAUUAUUUCAAUUUGUUAACGGUAAUUGUCCUCCACUAAACUUAAGUUAUCCCAAUUUUCUUCGCCCGUCUGUAAGAAAAGGCUCUGUUUUUACUCAACCAUUAAAGAAAAUGUACCGUCCCUUUGUAGGGAAAGGAAUUGUAAGACCUAGUGAUUUUACUGUAUUAGAUUUUGGAUAUAAUUUGUAA